UGUGAAUGCGGUUUCUGUGACUAGUAGCUGUUGUAUCUAUCGAUCUUUUCUCUGCCCGCCCGCCGGCCUCAUGCUUCAAUUCAUUAACCUCAGCUCACCACAUGCGCGUUCAAGCUAAGUGGCAGACGCAAAAAUAUAUACACUACUACUCCGAGCUGAGGAUGAUGAGACGAGGCGGAAUGGGAAGGGAGGUUAACGUUGUUGCUCUGCUGCUCUGUGUGGGGGUCGCAUUUCUUCUCACGCCCUGUGCACCUUCCAAAAGGCAGAAAAAUCCUAAAGCGAAUAGCCAAGAAGAGCGGCAAUCCUAUCCGCCCGUUGAAUUGUAUAUGCAGGAUGAUGGGCAAAAUAAUUGUUGAAUUCAAUGGCCGUUCAAGUUGUAACAGUUUUUUAAAACUUGCCCGGUUUAUAAUGAAAGCAUCCGUCUUCAAUUAAGUAGUGGAUAAUGGCUUUCUAAGAAUUACUUUUUCGACUCCCGCUGGAAUGGUUACUCAAGUUCAAUACAAUGGAAUUCACAAUUUGCUCGAAGCUCAAAAUUUGGAAAACAAUCGAGGAUACUGGGACAUUGUAUGGAAUAAAGCAGAUGCGCGUGGCAAUAUUUUUGACAAGCUUGAGGGGUUUAAUUACAUGACAAUAAUGGAUGAUGACGAUCAAGUAGAGCUUUCGUUCACACGGAAAUGGGAUACUACGUACAAUGACUCAGUUCUUUCCAUGAAUGUUGACAAAAGAUAGAUGAUAGCUAACGGGUGAUCGAAGAUGUAAUAGGCUGGAUAGUUCUCAAGUUCUGGCCCGUAAAGAUUUGGUAUUGAGAGGUUUGUCUUUGGCAGAUUUGUUUCUAGGGCCAUCUGAAGAUCAUGGGAAGCAAAGAAUUUGGCUUGUCUAAUCAUGAAGCGCUUGAGUGCCUUGAAUCCCUCUUGUGUAGAUUUGUCCCAGGUGACUGGAAUUUCCUUGAAGGUAUGUAGUUUUGCGUGGAAGCAGCGGCUUUUACUCUUAUGCUAUUCUUGAACGUUUAGAUGGUUGGCCAGAUAUAGAUGUCUACCAAGGCCGUAUAGUAUUCAAACUUGAUCAAGAGUUGUUCCAGUAUAUGGCGGUGUCUGAUGAGAAACAGAGAAUAAUGCCAACGGCCCAAGACCGACAAGAGGGUAAAAUACUUGAUUACCCGGAAGCUGUUCUUUUGAUAAACCCAAAAAACUCUUUCUUGAGGGGAGAGGUUGAUGAUAAAUAUCAAUAUUCUUGUGAAGACAAGGAUAACCGAGUCCAUGGAUGGAUAAGUCUGUACCCGCCGACGGGGUUUUGGAUGAUCACUCCAAGCAAUGAGUUUCGAAACGGAGGUCCUUUAAAACAAGAUCUUACUUCACAUACUGGCCCUAUCACUCUUUCGAUGUUUUUCAGCACACAUUAUGCUGGGGAAAUGUUGGGAAUGAAAUUCCGAAAUGGAGAGCCAUGGAAAAAAGUUUUUGGGCCCGUUUUUGUGUACCUAAACUCAGUUGAAACCGAUGAAUAUGCUUUGGAUCUUUGGGCAGAUGCAAAGGAGCAGAUGUUCAUAGAAACUGAAAGUUGGCCAUAUGAGUUCCCACUCUCCGAAGAAUUCUUUCCAUCUCAGAAAAGAGGUCUGAUAAGUGGAAGGCUACUCGUUCGAGACAGCUACAUCAAUGAAAGGCUUAUGGCUGGUAGUUCGGCUUCCGUUGGGCUUGCUCGUCCAGGCAAUCUAGGAUCAUGGCAAUAUGAAAGCAAGGGUUAUCAGUUCUGGACUGAAGCUGAUUCAGAAGGGUAUUUCUUGAUUAACAAUGUUUUACCGGGCAACUAUAGCUUGUAUGCCUGGGUGCCUGGAUUUAUGGGUAGUUACAGAUAUGAUUUCUACAUAACUAUCACAGCAGGAUCAAGAAUCAGGCUUGAGAAUCUCAUAUACGAUCCUCCCAGAACAGGUCCAACCCUGUGGGAAGUUGGGAUCCCUGAUCGGACGGCAUCUGAGUUUUUCAUUCCCGAUCCUUAUCCAAUGCUUGAGAAUCAAUUAUACACGGAAGAUACCUCAGAAAAGUUUAGGCAAUAUGGGUUGUGGGACAAAUACACAGAGCUAUACCCGGAUGAAGAUCUGGUCUUUGUAGUGGGAAGAAGCAGUUUUGAGAUUGAUUGGUUUUUUGCACAUGUUAAUAGAUUCGUAGUAGAUGGGGAAGAAGGAAAGAAACGGUAUAUACCGAGUACAUGGAGAAUUGAGUUUGAGCGUGAGGAGAGCUUUGAUGAUGAUGAGUUGGGAAACUACACUCUUUGGAUUGCAUUGGCAUCAGCACAUGAAGCUGAAUUACAGGUGGGAGUGAAUGAUGAAGAGAUGGUUGUGCCACACUUCACAACGGGGUUAAUAGGAAAGGACAACGCAAUUGCAAGGCAUGGGAUUCAUGGGUUGUACUGGCUUUUCAAGGUUGACGUGCCCCCCUCAUCUCUCCUUCCUGCUCCCCAUCGUCGCAAUUCCCUCUUCUUUAGGCAGGUUAGAGGCUCCAGUCCUUGGAGUGGGGUCAUGUAUGAUUACAUUCGUUUCGAAGCACCCGCCUCAUCCUGAAAAUGAUUUUUUUUCAACUCCAUACAUACAUGUAUGUUUGAAGCAAGGAAAGUGUAGCCUAUAUAUUAGGCAAAUGCAUCGCCACAUGAUCAUGUAAGUACACUGAAAUGGUUUGCACGCCAUCAAUCAAAUGUGUGGACAUGGUAAUAUAUACGAAAUGGGUUUGAUUCACAAAUUUGCAAGAGCGGAAGAAAGUUUUUCAU